GGGUACUUUCAUUUCGACUUCAUCCAUUCAGUGCUAUCGAUGCAUAGUGGGAAACGGGUUCGACAAACUCCUGCUGCAAUCGAGGCCAGAAAGCAGCGCGAGAAGUCCAAAAUCCAGGACUAUCUAGCUUUAACCAGAGAGGUGACCUCUAGGAAGAAAAGCCGGGAUUUCAGCACAGAGGCUCUCGACCUUACUCAAACCUUGCUUCAAUUAAACCCAGAGUUCUACACUAUCUGGAACUACCGAAGAAACAUCUUACUCCACGGUCUAUUUCCUAAUAGUUCACCGGAAGGCAUCAAUGACUUGUUAUCAAGCGAACUUUCGAUGACGACUGCGGCCCUUAAGGCAAACCCAAAGGUAUAUGGGAUCUGGAAUUACCGUCGAUGGUGUCUAGAGAACGUUCCCGAUGGUCCCGAAACCGAAGAUGGGUUAUCUCAUAGUUGGAAAAAGGCCAAAUGGGACAGGGAGCUAUAUGUAGUGGAGAGAAUGCUGGAUGCAGAUGGAAGGAACUUCCAUGCGUGGAACUAUCGAAGAUACGUCCUAGCAAUGAUGCCAACUCGGAGGCCCGAGGCUUCCGAAUUGGCUUAUACAACUCGCAAAAUCGAGGCCAACUUUUCCAACUUUAGUGCAUGGCAUCAGCGCUCCAAGAUCCUUUCCUCCUUGUGGAACGACGUCGGAACGAGUGCAAUUAGUUCACGAGAAGAUGAAUUUGAAUUCGUCAGAAAUGCAUUAUACACAGAUCCCGAUGAUCAGAGUGCUUGGAUAUAUCAUAGAUGGCUGGUGGGAUCUGGCCAGGAACGGCAGACUCUGGAGCGUGAGAUAGGCAGUAUCGAAGAGCUUUUGAAAGAACAACCUGAUAGCAAAUGGUGCUUGGAAUCACUGGUUCACUAUCAGCGUCUUUUACUGCGGAACAAUCGGGACGAGAACUCGAAGGAGACAGCGCAGAAAUGUCUCGGGUUUCUUCUUAUGUUACAAGAAAUCGAUCCCGCUAGGCGAAGUAGGUACAAGGAAAUAGGCGGAGGAAAUUCAAGAACAAAGCAUAGCAUGAUUUCUUAUCACUCUUAUUUGUUGUUUUUUAGAUGAUAUGGCUCAAUGAUAUACUAGUUG